CGAGAGAGUAGAAGUUGAGAGGCUUCAUUUGUUAUGCUAUGUUUUGGCGGGGGCAGAGUCCUGAGGGGGGUCAAUGCUCCUCUGUUUCGUCCGUUAGUUCACAUAUUGCUGGUGAUAUCAUAAAGACUUUGAAGGAGAAUGGAUAUGAGUAUAAAUGGGGAAAUGUUACUGUGAAAUUGGUGGAAGCGUAUGGCUUUUGCUGGGCUGUUGAGCAGGCUGUUCAGAUUGCUUAUGAGGCGAGGAAACAGUUUCCGGAUGAGAGGAUUUGGGUCACCAAUGAGAUUAUUCACAACCCGACUGUUAAUAAGCGUUUGGAGGAGAUGGAAGUGCAGAAUAUUCCCCUUGAGGAAGGGAAGAAGCAAUUUGAAGUUGUUGAUAAGGGUGAUGUUGUUAUUUUGCCUGCUUUUGGAGCUGCAGUGGAUGAGAUGUUGACUUUGAGUGACAAAAAUGUGCAAAUUGUUGAUACAACUUGCCCAUGGGUGUCUAAGGUCUGGAAUACUGUUAAGCACAAGAAAGGAGAUUACACCUCAAUCAUUCAUGGUAAAUAUGCUCAUGAGGAAACAGUAGCAACUGCAUCUUUUGCUGGGAAGUAUAUUAUUGUCAAGAAUAUGACAGAGGCAAUGUAUGUGUGUGACUACAUUCUUGGGGAUGAACUUAAUGGAUCUAGCUCAACCAAAGAGGAAUUUCUAAAGAAAUUUAAAUAUGCAGUUUCAAUGGAGUUUGAUCCAGAUAGUGACCUGGUAAAGCUUGGCAUUGCAAAUCAGACAACAAUGCUCAAAGGAGAAACAGAAGAGAUUGGUAAAUUACUAGAAAGGACGAUGCGCAAGUAUGGAGUGGAAAAUGUUAAUGAGCACAUCUUAAGCUUCAAUACCAUUUGUGAUGCUACUCAAGAGCGCCAAGAUGCAAUGUACAAGCUGGUAGAGGAAAAAUUAGAUCUAAUGUUGGUGAUUGGUGGUUGGAACUCAAGCAACACCUCGCACCUACAAGAGAUUGCAGAAGAACGUGGAAUCCCCUCAUACUGGAUUGACAGUGAGAAGAGAAUAGGUCCUGGCAACAAAAUUGCAUAUAAGCUGAAUCGUGGGGAGUUGGUUGAGAAAGAAAACUUUCUACCAGAGGGUCCCAUAACAAUUGGUGUGACAUCUGGUGCCUCUACUCCAGAUAAGGUUGUUGAGGAUGCCCUUAUCAAAGUGUUCGACAUCAAACGUGAAGAGGCCUUGCAACUUGCGUAAUUAGUUUAGCUUCAGAUGUAUACAUUUGCCAGAGCAUCAGUGUAACCAUACAACUAAACAGGAGUAUAGUUGAAGAGUCUAUGUUAUGCAGUCCCAAUGUACCAUCAAAUUUUUAUGUUGUAUUGAAGGUUAUGGUUAUUGUGGCUA